AUGCCCGAUCGCCCUUCACCUCCCUUUCAUUGGCCGGGCGGUAUACCACCCGAAGUCAAAGCCGAUCCUAACGGUGACAUCACCCUUGAACAGGCCAACGAAGCGGCUAAAGGCUGUAUUCCGACACUUUAUGAAGCCAAUGUCGAGGCUCCUCGAGACGAAGACGAUCCAGAAUCAUCCGGCGGAAGUGGGACCUGUUUAGGGUAUUAG